UAAUAGCCAGCGGGUAAAGAAAAGCAAUAAUACUUCAAAUAUUAAAUUUUCUUAUAGAAUAUCACGUGAACAACAUUCUAUUUCAAAAAUUUAAUAGCCGGGGGGUUGGAAUAAGAACAUUCUAGGUGGGAAAAAAUUAAAAACUUAAUUAGUGCGGGAACGUCUAUUUGGCACCAAAGAGUACAAUUUUAAAAGGUGUUAGUUGACAAUAGUGUAUUUUGACGGGUUAAAAGGAAACACUAACGUUCUGAAAACCCUGGUACGUUGGUUUUUCAAAAUAGCGGCUGGAAAAUCCAGUUCUUGUCUGAUUCUUAAAAACCACGCUCCGGUACAUCGCAAAGAAUUUUCUUUUGUUUCCGUUAUUAUGAUGAAGUUAUGAUUGAUACAAAAUCAUAUUUUUGACAUCCGCUGUCUCGAAUUUUAAAGGAAACUGAAGUUUGUUCUAGCAUAUUAACUAUAAUUCUAGAUUGCGUUGCUCAAAAUAACGAAUGUCUCUUAAAAGUAAAAAAAAUUGAUUUUAGAUUAGUUACAAAGAACUGUAUGAGAAACAAAAUGAUUAAUGCCAAAUCUCAUCGAAAACUCAAUUGUUUUAAAAACACAAUCGAAGGGUCGUUUUACAAUAUUAUCAAAUUUUAGAUAUGCUAACGCAGCAUAUUCUCAUGCUUUGAAAGCAGGCAUCACUACCCCCUUCAUGGCAUUUCUAAAAUCAUCUACUGCUGUUUCGUCAUAUAUGACAUCGUCCCUUUUUGGGUGUCUUCUAUCGCCUUAUCAACAAUCUUCUAGCAUGCAUUUCCUCUUUUGUUUGCAAAGCUAUUAUUGUUAUUGAUUUUUUGUUAAAAUUCAAGAAAUCAUUCGUGCUUAGUUGGGACAAGGGGCAAAUCAAUCCAAGAAAAUCCCGUACACCUUUUGUGAAAAUCCUAUUGUUUUAUCUGAAAAUCCCCAGGAAUCCUUUUGUUUUAGGUAAAAUCUCGUACGCUAUUUGCAAGAGUGAAUUGCCCCUCGAGUUGUGAAGCUCCUUGUCAUAUCCUUUCAGUUUCUCGAUAUCUUCUAUAAGAUCUUUGCAAAGAUUUUAUGUAUGAUUAUUAUUAUUCUUUAUUUCUUCAUUAUUCUAGCAUUGUGAUUGGUCUUUCUAAAUGACAACCAAAAAUGAAUUUGUUGCAACACAUUUUGGCGCGUUUCUUUUUGUGGUUCAUAAAGUUCGAUAUAAUGGGAAAUUUUUCUCCCAAAGAAGUAGAAAGAGGUCUGAGACUGCUCAUGUGGGUAGCCUAUAAAGGAAACAAAAUUUGAUGUAUGCAGGCAGUUAACACAGAAGUGCCUCCAAUUUAAGUUUUCACAAUUCAAUUAAUUACAAAGAAUUCCAAAAAAUAUAGGCCCAAAGCGACAUGAAUUGCAAUCAAGUUGAUAAGUAGACAUGACAUGGGGAGCAAAAAAUUGGCGACCUAUAUUCACUUUUGAAGUCUGUCAUUGCAAGUACGGAGGUAGAAAACGCUUUCGUGCAUCAUAGUGGCGCAAAUGGGGCAGUUUUUCAACGGUACCAUCCGCAUCAAAAGCAGUGGGCGAAAGCUCCUUAAUACGCCAAUCACGUUCCAUCCGCUGUUUUCAGGAAUUUGAAACCAUCAUUUUAAUCGUUUCUCGUUGGCAACAAAAGCCAACGUACCCCUUUUGUUUUAUGUAGGAAAUUUCAUAUACUGGCAGGAUGUUGAAAAAUUUUAGACUCGCCUGCAUGUAAAUAACAUGUACGUACGGAAUUUAACGUGUGGAAAGAAAUUUUAGUUACAUGAUGGAAGGUGCUAGUCAUCUUACUUUUGGAGAUCUAUUGCUGAAUUACGCCUGUGAUGGCGACUUUCGGAGUUGUUCGCCCACGCGAAGGUUUAGAAAUAGAAACAAGAAAUCUGGAAAUGAACGACUUGGGUUCCCAAGCUCUCCAAGAAACAGAAAAAGGUUCUCAAGCAAGAGCACCACUGACAGUGGAUCAGAAUUAGAUGACCUGCACAAUACAAACGCAUCGCCAAGGCAACAAUCACAACCUUUAGGGCAAGUUCGAGCGGGUCUACGUUCUCUGUCCUCGGAUAAACCUGUGCGGGUGAAGUUUGUCAACCACUCUGGCCGUGAAGUGCAACUUUAUUGGAUCAACUAUCAUGGCGAAUGCGAAAAAGCGUUUAAAGUUGCAGAUGGUAAGAGUGAAAUUAUCGACACCUACGAGUCACAUCCAUGGGUAGCAGCAAAUGCGAGAAAUAAAAAGGUUCACCAUGCUUUCACUGUGAACAGCAACCUGGUUUAUUAUCCAACUAUCAGUGUCGAUGGUGGAAGAUAUUCAGUGGCAGAAAUACGAAAAGCCCCAGAAAAACUGGCAGAUCUAUUAUCAAAGCCAAACGAUAUUGCAGUAACCGUGAAAUUUGUAAACAGAACUUCCCGUGCUGCAUUUCUUGAGUGUAUAAAUUACGAGGGGAAUCGGGAGCUGAGGCAAACGAUCGAGGCAGGCAAAGAAUGGACUGUAAGCACUUUUGAACAGACGUAUUGGGUUGCGACCGCAAAUCGAGAAACAGACGAAGGGCUACUUGUCAAUUAUGGAUGGUUUUAUUCGCCAAAGAAAUCUAAAAGCAAACGAGAAAGAGUUAUUAUAACAGAUUAUAUUUAGAAGAAGGAUUCUCAACUUUUCAAGUUUUGAAAAUGCAGAAGAGAUGAAUUUUAUGACGCGUCUGGAGCUGCAAAUUACCAGCAAAGGCGACUGGACAGUCUUCUGAUGGCUGGAGUCGUGUUUAUUUGCCAGUGCAUUGCAUUGCUUUUAUUUUGAAAGUGCUAAUGCUGACAUAUAUAUAAUUGUGUAUAGUAAUAUCACGUGUCAUUUGGUCAAAAAAUUAUUAACAAUUUGACAACCAAAAGCAGGAUGAAGUAGAAUACACUGCACAAUCUGAACAAAUAGGGUUUACGUAGUUGCACGUUGUUGGCAUUCCAAUUGCCCUUAACGCGACGAAAAUAAAGUAAAUAGCUACCAAUCAAACAUGCAUGCUCAAAUUUAAUCUUCUUCUGAUCGUAUAAACAAAUACCAUGAAUUCACAAAACUGACGCUUUAUAAGGGACCUACUUAACCUAAAACUAGGCGCAGCCUUUUGCUCCCGUGUGCGCGACUUUUCUGUAAGAAUUUAGACAUUCCUGACGAAUUCAGAACACAGACUUUAGACGUUCAUGUGUGCAACAAACGAUUUCGUACCUGCUUUAUGGGAACUGGUAGUAAAAUUUAAAUCCAUGUUGUGUGACUGUAUUUUUAAUUGUUACUGUUGCAUUUGGUAAGUGAGUAAUUUCACAGACCUGCCUUUCCUGAUAUUUGCUAGUUGUAGACCGAAUAAAAUUAGCUCUUGCACAAGGUGACAGAAUUAUACCCAUUGACCUCCCCGAACGUUCCUGGCCAUCUUGCCACGGAACAGAACUCUCCAAAACUUUACCCAACUGAACCUUUUUUACAUUGUUAGCUGGCAUAAACGUUAUCUCCAAAUUGAUGCUAUGUUUUCGUUUAAGUUUCUGGCCUCCUAUGUUUCUUCCAAGUUACAAUUCAGAUAAAUCAUAGAACAUAUCUAAUUUAUUGUUACAAUUAUGGAAAGGCCGCAAAGAAACUAAAACUUUGUAAGAUUGAUAAGGUGGUGUCAUUUCCAUUAUCUAUAGUAAGAUUCAGAGGCUAGCCUGUCGAAGCAGCAGUUACAAGAAAUAAUGGUUUGUGUAAGUGCUUUUUUGUAAAAAAAAUUAAAUAACUUUUUCUGUAUCCAUAUCUCUGUUCAUAGCAGCUGAAGUUGCUCACUCGCGUAAAUGAUCAAAAUGCUGUUUGUGCAGUCAAUUGUAAAUUUUAAUUUAAAUCUUUUGAUAUAAGACAUUUGUAAUUAAAAUUUAAAUGAAGAAUUAUGUAAUUCAAUAAGUAUAAUUAACAAUCUGCUAUCUUUUGUGGCUCUGUCUACCAAAAUUACUGAUGAAAGGAACAUACUUUAUUUUUGAUGUCGCUCUUUGCUUACCCCCAAUACAGUUGUGUUUUCUUUAUAGGACUGAUCUGAUUUAUUUGAAUUAUGUAUAAAAUAGAGUCCAGUACACGCGGUGGAUUGUUUAAACUAACUGUAUCUUGUUGAUUUGCGAGUCAUAAACCCUUUCACUUUAUAAAAGUCGAGAAAAAACCUUACGCAAAUCAUGAAUAACUACGGAAAAUGAAUCUUUUUCAGAAUUGUUCAAUUUUAUUUUAAUUGAAAUCGAGAGUUCAUAGUAGCGACCUUCGGAAGAAUUUGUUCAUUUCCAUCGACCAGAUUAGAAAGUUGAGAAAAUGCCAGAUCAAAUUGUAAAUAUAAAAAUGUAUUUAUACAUAUGCUCUGACGAUGUGUGUUCUAUGUUUAUAAGUCACUGCUUAAAAUUAUAGAAGUAAAUGCAGAACGUCCCUGGAAGUAAGCCUUUUGUAAUCUUGCAGAUUCGUGCGUUUCGAAAAUUAGACUUUCUACGACUUCGUUUACUUUUGAGCUAUUUUUAGACAGAAAGAAAUGUUUCUGGGUCUAACAUUAUAGGUAUUGAAAAAACCGGUUGAAAGAAGAAAAACACAACCAACCCCACUUAUUAGGGUGAAUUCUGAAAGUUUUUUAAACUUUUUUGAAAUGCGACUGUUUCGAAUGAGUAAUGGAAUUAAUGUCUAUAUGUGAAAGAAAGGUAAAAAUGAUUAAGACUGCAAUGCUAACUACUGCUAUAAUUUUAUUUAGCACCUAGUAA